AGCCAACACACCAACCAAAGCAAAGGAGGAACCAACUGGAACCUAUAAACUCAGACAACCGACCGAAGGGACCACAAAAACAAGGCAGAGAGAUCGAGAUAUACCGAACCGAACGAGAUGUCUUCAAUCUGUCGAAACACGAUACUCAAGGGGAUUGCCAACAAGCCCGCCAGCAGGACAUCCAGUCUACUUUCAGGCUCCCUCUCCUCUCGACUCGGUCUUCAAUGUCGGGCCGUCUCCUCUUCUACCAGCUCCGGUCUAUCGUGUGUCCAGUCAAGGUCUCGUUCGUCGAGAAACCCUAGAUCGCUUCUCCCUAUUCAUUCCAUUGCCAGUCGGUCAUAUGCGGCAGAAGCCUCGAAAAAAUUCACGAGAAACAAGCCACACAUGAACAUCGGGACGAUCGGACAUGUCGAUCACGGAAAAACUACAUUGACCGCCGCAAUCACGAAAUCUCUGGCAGCCCUCAACUCAAACAACAAGUUCCUCGAUUAUUCGCAAAUCGACAAGGCGCCCGAAGAAAAAGCUAGAGGAAUCACUAUCUCUACUGCCCAUGUUGAAUACGAGACCGAAAACCGACAUUACGCCCACGUUGAUUGUCCAGGUCACGCGGAUUACAUCAAGAACAUGAUCACCGGUGCGGCUCAGAUGGACGGAGCAAUUCUAUUAGUCUCGGCGACCGAUGGCCAGAUGCCACAAACGCGAGAACAUCUCCUGUUAGCGCGCCAGAUGGGGAUCCAGAAGCUGGUGGUAUAUGUGAACAAGGUUGACCAAAUCGAUGAUCCGGAGAUGUUAGAGCUUGUGGAGAUGGAGAUGCGGGAUCUCUUGACGAGUUACGGGUUCGAUGGCGAGCAGACGCCGAUCGUCAAGGGCUCGGCGCUCUGUGCACUCGAAGGGAAAAGCCCGGAGAUCGGGGUGGAAAGCAUCAAGCAAUUGAUGAAGGCCACCGAUGAAUGGCUAGACCAGCCUGUGCGAGACUUGGACAAGCCCUUCCUGAUGCCGGUCGAGGACGUGUUUUCGAUCCCCGGACGAGGGACCGUUGUGACUGGUCGAGUGGAACGAGGAACAGUGACCAAGGGAACCGAAUUAGAAUUGAUCGGCCUCGGGAUGAACCAGAAGGUAGCCUUGACCGGAAUCGAGAUGUUCAAGAAAGAGCUCGAGAGAGGCGAGGCGGGCGAUAACAUGGGCGCGCUAUUACGAGGUCUCAAGCGAGAACAGAUCAAGCGAGGGAUGGUGCUUGCAGCGCCAGGUUCGAUGAAAGCGGUGACCAAGUUCCUAGCGAGUAUCUAUGUCUUGACGAAGGAUGAGGGGGGUCGUUACACACCCUUCAUGAACAACUAUCGUCCGCAAUUGUUCCUCCGAACCAGUGAUGUGACCGUCAGCUUGACCUUCCCCGAAGAGGUCAAAGACCGGCACGAAAAGCAAGUCUUCCCGGGCGACAACGUCGAAAUGAUCUGUGAAUUGGUCCAUCAAGUCGCCAUCGAACCCGGAUCUCGUUUCACUAUCAGAGAGGGCGGGAAAACUGUGGGCACUGGCUUGGUCUCUCGAAUCUUCUAACCCAUUCUCACUUCUCUUCUUUUGCUCGUAUAAUCAAAAGAUUUUAUUCACAUUUAUAUAUAUAUCCCUUAUACUUGCAAUUUGUAUGGCCUGGAUAUCAAGAAAAAUCAACACAUUACAUGCUUUCUUUCUUUCUUUCUUUUUUCUUUUGCGAUAUCCAUAAAUCAAAAUAUUUGAAAUAACUGAAACACCCAUCACAUCUGAAGAAACUGUUUUUGUUUUUUUUGUGGCUCAUCAUAAUAAAAAUUAGUACACUUGAGAUCUUUGUUUCUGAGUCUUAUCAAUGUAGUUCUACGUGACAUGCAUU